CGAAUUGUUCAACUGGAUAUCAAAUUUCAUCCAUACGUACUGAUACGCAGGCAAAAGCUGCGUGAAGGCGAUCCAGCACAACGAUUAGCUUUUUGCCACCGACUUGUAAAUACCGUAGAAGGGAGACCAGAUUUUCUUGAUCACUUAAUAGUAUCAGAUGAAGCAGUGUUCAGCUUAAAUUCUGAAGUAAACACAAGGAACACAAGAAUGUAUGCGGCUUAUGGCAAUGGGCACCCGCCUGAUCAUUAUGUGGAAUUUCUUCAAGGUUCAAACCAAAUCAUGGUGUGGGUUGGUUUAACCAGAGCAGGCAAUGUCUUAGGUCCGCAUUUUGUUGAAAGAAACCUCGAUACCAGAGAGUACUUGCGCAUCAUACG